UGAAACCCUAACUUUAGUUAAAAAAAAAUUCAAACCCUAGCCCUAGCCUAAAACAAUAAAUUGAAACCUAACCCUUAAAGCUGUUCAUCUUUGACCGAUGUUGUUUGCCCUGCCAUGGCAACCCCAAGUGUCCCAAGUCACUUUCAGCUGGCUGGCAUUUGCAAAAGGUGAGUAGAUUUGUGUGUGCUUCUUUUUUUUGUUUUUACAUUGACGAUAGUUUAUCUUAAAAAGAGUAUUGUAUAUUUUGCCCAAAAAGUACAAUCAUAUUUGAAGUAUACUUUCGUUGCAAAGCACUGCAGUCACAGGAUUCAACUGUAAUUUAAUUUUUAUUCUCAAGCCCCCCAAUUCAUUUUUGGGACUUUUAUUGCUUGUAUGGGAUGUCAAUAAAGUAUUUUGAAAUUCAAACUAAAUAUUACAACUGCAAUUUUGUUCAGUUCAAUCAGUUCUGCUAUAUACAUUCAGUGGGUGUCAAAGUCUGAUCACGUUGCAUUUGUGUUGUUGAUGAGAUAGGUUCUGUUAAAUAAACACUAUGAAACUGUUCCAAAGUGUAUGGAGGUAAAAAAUAUCCUCAUCAUUUUGUAACAAUUUCCACAGAUUCCACAGUUCCUAUUGAUAUACUUGUUUUAAAAUUGAUUAAAUUUAGACAAUUUGUUAUAAUUUACUCCUCCAUUCCAUUCCUCCAUUACCUUAAUGAAAAUGAAAUUUAAAAGUGUAGGAGAAAAUAUUGUUGCUGAUUUUUUUUUUCUCUAAUGCUGAUUUCAGAUGAUUAGAGGGAUUUGUUUCGGCUGAAUUUCUUUCUCUUCAUUCUUGAGGUGAGGCGUAAUGGACUGGUCACAUGGACAAACUAAUCCCUUCCUGACCCCGUCACUCUGAAGAAGUGACUGAACCGUAGUCCACUUUGAGGCUCUUCUGUGCACCUCAGCGGUCGGUAACGUAGAUAUUCUUUCAAUAUGGGGGAGUUGAGGUCGUCUUCGCCUCCACCUCACUUGGAUUUGAACAACUUUGACUCUGCAGAUGCAGAAAAAAGCAGGUACGUUUUAACAAGCCCUCGCUCCUUGGACGCCUGCGCACGACUUGGCAUCAAACCUGUUCAACUUCUGAUGAAAUCAUUGAAUGAUUUAUUGUCUGAGCGGUGCGAUUUGCCUUUCGAGGAAGUGAAGGUUAUGCAGCAAUCCAAUGAAAAACAAAGGAGGACACUUUUGCAAAUGUGCCGAGAUGAGAGGGAGAGGAUUAUCCAGCAGGUUGCCAGGUGGCCGACCACUAAGAACGUCUCAAGCCUGGAAACGAGACAUGACACCAAGCUGAAGGAUGACAUCAUUGUUGAUAAGACAAUGGAUCCUCUUCCAUACGCAGACCUGUGUUUUCAGGACAAAUGUGUGAGCAAAAUAUCUUGUUCUGCUGCAGGAGAACCAGACAGGAACACAACCUGCAGCCUAGGUGACCUCAGAAACUCUCCAGCUAUCCAGAUGAAACUACAAAGGCUGACUGAAGACAUCAGGAGGAAAAUGCGUGUGUCAGUAUCCCAGACGGACCGCAAGAUUGCAGCUCUCAUGCUGGUGAAGCACCAGGAAGAGGUGGACCGCCUCAGUCACAGGCAUCAGAUGGAUGACGAGCGAGAGCAGGCCCACAGGCAGGCGGAAGCACGGCAGGCAGAGGCGGAGAAGAGGAGGACGCAGAAGCUGAUGCAAAGCGUGCGCCGCUGGCACCAGGAACUGGAGGCCCGCAGGAGGCUGAGAGCGCGUCGGGAAGAAGAGCGAGCAGGACGGCUCAAAAGAGAGGUGAUGCUGCAAGAGGAGCGCUGGAAGAGGCUGAAGGAGCAGGUGGAGGCACAGCGUCGAGGACAGAUGGCAGCUGCGCAGAAGGACGCACAGGGGAGGAAAUGCUGCCGGGAGAAAGUGCUGAAAGAAAUGGAGGAGGUGGACAAAAGGCAGCGAGACAAGGAGAGACAAGCAGCCGUGGAGAGGGAGCAGAGAGCAAGGAGGCGCAAAUUGCAGCUGGAGAAAAAGGAGAAGAAGCGUCUCCGGGAGGAAAACAGAAGGGAGCUGCUGCACCGCAUCCUCUUCAAACAGCAAGUGGAGAAACAGGUGGAGGACGAGGAGUCACGCUUGCGGGACGCAAUGGAGAGGAAGAUGCGGCAUUCUCGUGUGAAACACGCUCGCGACGUGGAGGCCCGGCUGGUGGAGCUCCAGGAACGGGCGGCCCAAGAGGAGAAGCAGAUGCUGAGGACGCAAGUCAGGGCAAAGCUGCAGAACAUCCAGCAGCUCACACACAAACACCUCCUGGUCAAGCUGAGUCAGCAGCGCACGCAGAGAGCCGUCGAGCACACGUGGGCCCAGCAAAGGAAGAGAGCCCAGCAAACCCAUCAGCACAACAAACUCAGGCAGCUGCGCCACCGGCAAUUACGAGAGAGCCUGCAGAGAGAGGAGGAAGCGUUGAAGAAGGCCAGGGAGAGCAGCGUCACCAUGAAGGAGCGGAGGUGCGAGAGGCUGCUUCGAGAGCGGGAGCACGUGCGGCAGGAGGCGCACAAGCGAGCCCUGGCGUCAUUUCACUUGAGGGAGCGAGUGAGGCAGCAGACUCAGAGUCGCUCGUUUGCUCAGAUGGCUCAGGAAGCUCAGCUGGCUGCCUCCAUCGGCCGCAUGAACCUCUGAAACGACAAUCGUGAGCCAUCAUCGGGAAGAUUUUCACACAGGCUUUGUUGCAAUUGGCUAACAAAUUCUUCAUAUUAAAAUCAAAUUGCGACGGCUGACCAGAUUGGUCAUGUGCCUUGGAUUUUUUUUUUUUAAAUACCACUGAUAGCCUUCAUUUUUGUAGCUGGGCUAAAAUGUGGGUUUAGUAUGACGCUGUUGUGCACUUUCCAAAUACUAAUCAUCCAUCUACUGUCUGUGACAGUUAUGUUACUACAGAAAAUGACAUUAAAAAUGUUUCUAUAAUUGU